GCACCAUUUCAGCGGCUACUCCCAUCUCUUUCUUGUGCUUGUAUUUGGCGGUUCAACUCCUUUAUCUUCUUCUCCUUCUAUGUUUUUAUGUUUAGGUGUAUGACUAUUUCAGUUGUUGAGUAUUAAAUUUCUUAGAAACCAAGUUCACUUGUUUUCCAAGUACUCUUAAAUUUAGAAGACAAGUUUUAGACUACACAUAUUUUGCCGUAUGUUUGUUUUUCCUCGUGAAUUUUGUGCCUACGCUACUACUGUCUUGUUGAUUGGGAAAGGAGUUUGCAGUUCUUGUCUUUCUCGUUUGAUUUGAUUUUGAAGAAGUUUUUUUUUCCUUUUCUUUUGGUUGUUUUCGAGUUUCAAUUUCAUGUCAGUCUGUCUUGAGAGUUUUCUAACAGAAGGAAUUCAAGCUUCUGUCCAUUGAGUUCCGUAAUGCCUUUUGGGUUAGUCACAGCAUGGAAAAGGAGGCUAUCCAAGUCAUCUGAUCAGAAUGAUCCAUGGAAGUAUAAGUCUUUGGAAUACUGGCAAUUAGAUGAUCGAAGACCAUCAGCAAAAAGACGACAAGGGUCGGCAGUGUUCACCCUGAAAGAAAUGGAGAAAGCCACAAGUUCAUUUAGCGAUGAGAAUUUACUUGGGAAAGGAGGAUUCGGAAGGGUUUACAAAGGAAUUCUAUCUUCAGGAGAGGUUGUGGCAGUCAAGAAAAUGGAGCUCCCGUCAUUCAAAUCAGCACAAGGUGAUCGGGAACGUGAAUUUCGUGUAGAAGUUGAUAUCCUGAGCAGACUGGAGCACCCAAAUCUGGUUUCCCUGAUAGGCUAUUGCGCUGACGGAAAGCACCGCUUUUUGGUCUAUGAGUUUAUGCAACAUGGGAACUUAGAAGAUCACUUGAAUGGAGUUAGUGAAGUGAAGAUGGACUGGUCUCAGAGGCUUAAAGUAGCACUUGGAGCAGCAAAGGGGCUCGAUUAUCUUCAUUCUGGUUCUGCAUUAGGAAUUCCUAUUGUUCAUAGAGAUUUCAAAUCUACCAACAUCCUUUUAAGUUCAACCUUUGAAGCAAAGAUAUCUGAUUUCGGUCUUGCUAAGAUGAUGCCUGAAGGUCGCGAAAUGUACGUGACAACCAAAGUUUUAGGCACUUUCGGCUACUUCGAUCCAGAAUACACAUCAACAGGGAAGCUGACUCUUCAAAGUGAUGUUUAUGCAUUUGGAGUGGUUCUUCUUGAGCUCUUGACUGGACGCAGGGCACUCGACUUGCACCAGGGACCGAGUGAUCAAAUUCUUGUACUUCAGGUUAAACAUAUUCUAAAUGAACGAAAGAAAUUGCGGAAAGUUAUAGAUCCAGAGAUGAGCCGGAGUUCAUAUACCAUGGAGUCAAUCACUAAGUUUGCCAACUUGGCAGCUCGCUGUGUUCGUGGUGAGAGCACCGAAAGACCUUCCAUGGCGGAAUGUGCUAAGGAACUUCAACUAGUCAUAUUUGUAAAUAGAAAAGCCACAAGUACGGGGAAGAGAACAGUCUGAAAGUUUGUGUUGUUGGUGCAAAGCAUUUGGUUAUUGAGUGCAUAGUGGAAGUACAUAAAAAUUCAACUACAAAUAACUCAACAGUUUGUCAAAAUUUAUCUGAUUCUUUUUCUUCUUAUUUUUUGAGUCUUGUUUUGAGACUUUAUAUAGAGACUGAGUUCAACGGAUGUGUAUUAGCUACCUAUUUCUAAGCUGAA